AAUGAUAUUAAAAUUUUGUAUUUUGUCCCUCGAAAGCAUGAGUGACCAUAAAAGAACAAGUGUUGUCAUAAGUCAUAACAAACAAAAAGAGGAGGGAACUUGCAAGUAGAAUCAACUAGUAACAAAGGAUCCAUUACAUGCAAGUUGCAACAUCUAGGUUCGUCAUAAAAGAUCGAUGUGUUCACUAAGGAUGAGUCAAGCUCCAUAAGAAUAGAGUUAGACAUAUUCUUGUCAAGUCACUGAUAUAUCAUAUGGUGCAUGGCUAACAGUAUACACUAUUGCUCUAAUCGCUUACUUCUUUUUUAAGACGUAUCAAAUGGAUCUUUGUUCAUUUCUUUCUAAGAGAUGAAAAUUUUAGAUAUUUAAUAACAAAUUAAUGAUAUAUGGAAUGGUGUAUGGUUAGAAAGAUACAUUGCUCUAGUGAUUAUAAUUAUACAACUUCAUAAACAGUUUUCAUUGAAACAAAUUAUUAUUAUUUUGUAAAAUCAAAAGGUUAGAGUAUUUUGUUUAACUCUUCAUUUUUAUCUCUGUUUUAUCAGCAUAGUUUCAUAUCAUUCUCAACAAGUUUGUUCGUUGUGAAAGGUCCAAAAGGGUCUCACGUGAGACGACAUUGACUUUUAGAAAAUGAGGUCAUAUUUUUUCCAUAGUCUAAAAUAAAGUAUUAUCUUUAUUUUUUCAUUCAAGCAUUUACUUCGAUCCAAAUAAGCAAAGGUACCCAUCGAGUCGACUAUGUCAAAUGAUAACAAUUCUCAACCUCAAAAGUAAAAUGGUCGGUGUCUUAGAAAGAAAUCAUCAAAUGAUGGAUAUUGUUGAACUUUUUUUAAGUUUUUUACCAGAUAUUGGGUUAAUAUAUUUGUGUGACCCGAAGUUAUCACAAAUCAAAUAUGUUAGUCAAUUUUUUUAUCUAUAACAUCGUGACCUCAACUAUGCACAUUAAUUUUUUUUUAUCUAUAACAUCGUGGCCUCAACUAUGCACAAUAGCGUAGCUAGAACAUUAGUACCGUGGGGUCCAACUAUUAAUCAAAUAAAGCUCAUGCCUUAAUGGUAAUGGUGUUGAGUUUCUUUCCUUAGCUGGAAGAGUGGCCCUUGCUCUGUCUGUGCUUAAUGUCAUCCCAUCUUCUGCCAUGCAAACCACCAUGCUUCAUGCUUCUGUGUGUGAUUUGAUUGAAAGAAAGAUUAGAUGGUUUGUUUAGGGCUCUAAUGAGGAUAAAAAGAAAGUUCACAUGGUUAACUGGGAAAAAGUGUGUAAGCCUAAAAACCAAGGGGGACUAGGAUUAAGAACUGCUAGGAGUUUGAAUAUGACUUUCAUGAUCAAGCUAGCAUGGCAAAUUCUUAAUAAUGGGUCUGACCUUUGGGUGCAGGUGAUGCAAGGAAAGUACUUCAAACAUGUUGAUGGGCAGAUUGUGGCAAUGAAAAGAAGUAACCAUUCCUCGCUGUGGAAAGCCAUUGUGGAGGCACUGCCUCUCAUGAAGAGUGCUACCUGUUGGAUAAUCAUAAAUGGAAGGACCACCUGUUUUUGGAACCACCGAUGGCUGGACCAUGAUAUCUUUCUCAGAGACCACAUCCUGCAGACUGCUAACUUGCACCAUGAGGACUCUUAUGUGGCGGAGUGGAUUGACGAGAAUGAAGAGUGGAACUGGAAGAAGCUCCAUGAAUGUCUUCCCUCCAAUAUUAUCUCACUGAUCGCUGGUAUGGAACCUCCUAAAAGCACCCUAGGAGAGGUCAAAUGCAUCUGGGGACUGGAAAGAGAUGGAAGAUUCAGGCUGAAGUCAGCCUACAACCUUGUAGCUGACCAAAUGAACACAGAAGGAGUGAUAAUGUGGAAGAACCUCUGGAAGUGGAAAGGGCCAUAUCGUACAAAACACUUCCUCUGGCUUGUGAUGCAUGAUAGGUUGCUCGCUAACAAGGAACGAGUUAAGAGGAAGAUGACUACUAAUGGCAAUUGCAGCCACUGUAAGGAUGUGGAAGAAACAACAGAACACACCAUGCGGAACUGCAGCAAAACGACAGCUAUAUGGGAAAAGUUCAGGUCCAAAGUCACCAACAAAGAAAGGGACCUUCCCUUUAAGGAGUGGCUGUCAAGAAACCUGAGUGAUGAAACUCAUGGGGUUGAUUUUGGUAUGAUCGUGUGGCACCUAUGGAAUAAAGGAAUGAAGAGUGCAUGGAUGGGAAGGUGUAUGUGGAAAAAUCCCCCAUCUGCAGAAUUGAGGCAUGGUUCAAGAUCUAUAAAAUGGCAUUGCAGAAUGUGGAGAGAAGCUUUAGACCCCCUGCUGAGAAUAGAGAGGAGCAGAUUGGCUAGCGCCUGGCAGCCUCCACCUGAGGGAUCGGUACAAGUUCAUUCUGAUGGCUCUGUCCUUUCUCCCUCGGGAUCUGCAGCUGUUGGAGGUCUCAUUCGUGACAGUCUAGGUAGAUAUUGUGCUACCUUCUCCUGUAAUCUGGGCUAAUGCUCGAUUACUGCUGUCGAGCUCAAAGGUGCUAUUGUUGGUUUGCAGUUGGCUUGGGAUAAAGGUUAUCGAAAAGUGCAGCUUAAGAUGGACUCAACCACUGCUAUUGCUAUCAUUAGGGACUGUUCUGAUGAUUAUCAUCGACAUGGCAUAAUGGCUAAACAUGUUAACCACCUUUUGGAUCGUGAUUGGGAUGUCUCUGUCUCACACGUGUAUAGGGAAGGAAAUAGAACUGCUGACUUUCUAGCUAGUUUAGGCCAUAGUCUCACUUUUUGUACACAUCAUGUUGAUGUGUGUAGUUUCGACUCUGUAGAUGGCUUGAUUAUAAUGUAAUGGGAAUCUUCCAACCUCGACUUAUUAAUAUAUGAUUUGAGGCGCCUUUGCGUCUGCCUUCUGACUCGACUCUACUGUCACUCCAGGAAUUGGCCAAGUGUAACCACUUCCUAAAGCGUAGUAUAGCGGGUUUAGGUUUAAUUAUCAACCCGGGUCCUAGAUUUGCUGACUACUCAGUGAGUUCUUGUUAUCUAGCAAUAAAACUGGAGUGCAAGUCUAAACUACCAAACAAACAAAGCAAGUAAACUGGUUGUAUUCAAGUUAAAGAGGUCACCCGGAUAUGGUUCCCCCUAGACUGCAGUUAAGCCGGAUUGUAAUUACCAAGUUCAGUUUCUAUGACAGUUAUACUGCGGAAGGUUCUUAAACAGCCUGAAGUCUCGACUAAAGGUCUUCAGACCCUCUCAAUCUGACUCUCUAGCGGGCGACUAACCUCCACCGGAGUCGACAGAUUGAGGCCCUAAGAACAAACCUCCACUACCGGAGUAAAUCCGGUACAGAAUAGUGAGUUGGCUCCUCGACUAAAGUCACCAACUCCCUACCUUCAAUCAAGGAUACUCUAUUAACCUAGGCAGAUAUUCUCAUUCUAGGUCAAAGCAGAAACAACAGGAAUUUGAUCAGGAUUCAAGUCAUUCAAUCAUUAAAACCUCAAUCGAAUAUAAUCAAUCAUAGAAU